GUCAUUGCGUCAGUCUCUGCAGAGACACACACCACUGCUACUGCGCUCGCUUCAUCACACACGGCUUUGUUAGUUUCCGUACUGUUUAAUCGGCAUAAAACCCACCGACAGUUCAUCACAUCUGAGGAGGCAUUUAACUGUUAUAAACUGCACAAUAUCGUAUAUUUGGACGUAUCCAGGGCCGAGUAAUGCAGGAACUGCUGACAUCAAGCUUUUCCUCUGAGGACUCUAGUCUUCCAUCCACACCAACAUCUGACGCUUCAUCCAAACGUUUGUCCUGGAGCAGAUUGAUGCAGAAACUCCACAACAGCCAAAGUCUGGACUCCGAAUCGGAUAGCCACAGUAGCACAGACGAUUCUUCAGAUGCAGGUUCAAUAUCCCUGCCUGAUUCAUCUGAAUCUGACCUGUUUUUCGAUCCCAUGGAAGAAGCAUUGUGUAAAGAAGUAGUACAGCUCAUCGCACUUAACCUGACCGAAGCUAAAGACGACGUCUUGCACUGCUCCAAACUCCUCAUACCCGAGAAACUUCUGGAGCACAUCGGCCAAGAGCUGAUGCAUCUGUCCAUCAGCGAGCCCUGUGGCCUGCGGGGGGCGCUCAUCGACCUGUGCGUGGAGCAUGGGGGCAGUUGUGAGGCUGCGGGACAGAUUGCGGUUGACCGUUAUCUGGUGCCCACCUUUCAGCUGACUCUGGUGCUACGGUUGGACUCCAAAGGGAUCUGGCCGAAGAUCCAGGGGCUUUUCGCAGGACGCUUGCCGGCGUCUCCGGUCGUUCGACAUGCACUUAAACUGAGCACUGGAUUUAGAGUUAUUAAACAAAAACUGUACAGCUCAGAAGAGCUUCUGAUAGAAGAAUGCUGAGACUGUCAAUCAUGGACCUUUUUCUAGUUUUUUUUUUAAUUCAACUUCUUGUAACCAUUUGGCCUUUUGCCCAUAUGAGGCCUGAAGUUAUAAUAGUGUUGUAUGACUGUUUGAAGCAACCAGUUUAAACUAGCAAUUGCUCCAUUUUCUACCAGGGCAUUUUUAAAUGAUCUAUAAAUGGACUAGAAAGACUAUGUAUGGUGAAUUUGUGAAACGUUAAGGUUGUACUGAGGCAUAGUGGACUAAAGCACUGAACUGGUAAGCAGAAGGUUGCUGGUUCAAUCCCCACAGCCACCACCAUUGUGUCCUUGAGCAAGGCACUUAACUCCAGGUUGCUCCAGGGGGAUUGUCCCUGUAAUAAGGGCACUGUAAGUCACUUUGAAUAAGUGUGUCUUGAUGCAAGAACAUGCCUUUAGAUCAAAUGGAAGAGGUACCUUUUAAUUUAUUUCUAAACAAUCAAAUGCAUAUUCCAUGCAUACUAUUUAUUUGAUAUUCAAAUGCAAUGCAUAAUGUUUUUGUACUUCCAUUUAAAGAAAUGCAGAAAAUAAAUUAUUUUUUGAAGAAAUGA